AUGAGUCUGACCGACCUAGCACCUGCCAACACAAAGCGUGCCCGUGAGAACGCAGCGCGCUCAUUUUUAAAGUUCCUCGAGCAGGAGGAGGUUACUCGGGAGUACCUGCAACAGUGCAUGCAGCGCGAGAGGGCACCUCUCGCACUAGAAGCUGUGAUGAUCAAGUUUGGCAUGUAUCUCGCGUUUAAGGAAAGCCGAAAGGGACAGCUCUUAGCUCGACACUCGGUCAUGCAGUACUUUCGACAAGCCAAGAAUUGGCUGCUGGAGCAGUUCCCACAGCAUCGAGCAGUGGUUGAAAAGAAUUUGCUCAAGAAGGACAGACACUCGAACGCCAUUGCAUGA